AUGUGUCACGUUUGCAAGCGGUUUGGUAACGGCGUUUGUUUGAAGAGAUGCGGUAGCUGCAGGAUGAUCGCCUAUUGUGGUCAGGAACAUCAGAAGCAGCACUGGAAGCAGCACAAACCUUUGUGCAAAGCCAUACAGGACGCCUUGCAGGAAUACGACUUUAAUGACCGCGGUAAAAUUUCAGAGGAUUAUGAUGAGAAGAAGCUGAUCUUCAUGAUGCUGGUAUCGUACAAGCUGGGCCGUCGUCUGAAGAAGGGCGAGACACAAAUGUUCAAAUUUCCAAAAGAGUGUCUAAUUUGCCAUGAAAAGAACGAUAAGUUGUUGGAGGAUUGUCGGAAGUGUGCUGCCAGCUUUUGUAAAAAUCACGUAAACGGCACUGAGCACAAGAACAUCUGCGCUACCUUGGAACUAGGUCUUCGUUCAGAUUUAUUAACUAUAACAGAAUUAUAUUUAACUCCUCUGGAGCUGUUUCCUGAUUUGAAACACAUUUCGGACGCGAGUACGUGUCAGAACAUGAAAGAUUUUAUAUACGCUUUAGGGAAUACGACUGACUCGGCGAUGUCGGACGAUAUUUUGGCAGCCGAAAAAUCACAAUAUCUGACACGUCCCUUGACGUUGUUAUAUGCUAUGCGAUUGUUAAACUAUGUCUUAAAAGGCAAAGUUCUAGUCAUUCAUGUUGUAGGUGCGAAUCACAUCGAAGUAGUCACCUUAUUGACGUGGAGGGUUUUGCUGCAUUUAUUAGAGACUGUAACGUCAGUCGUAAUUAUAAUGAUAGGUCCGGACUUAAUAAAGUUCGAUCCUAUACGCACUUGUGAUAAAUGUAUAUCGCUAGAGAACAAAAGUGUAAUUUUCGAGUACCACUAUGUGUCAUACGAGAAUUAUGUACUCAAUCCAUCGUUCGUAAAACCGGACUUGAUUGUAGGAUUUAACUUCAGUAUUGAGGGACAUGAACUUGGGUCUAAUAAGGAAAUAUGGGCGCCGUCCAUACAUGCGGUAGGGAAACAAAAUUGUCCGGUUAUCUUAACGUUUAUGACGCGACAGGACUUUGAGGAGAGGACAAACAAAAUAAGCACAAUCCUGGAUAAGAAGGUAGAUUAUCUCUUUAGUGAAAAAAACCCAUUCGCUAGUUUUAGACCACACAGAGUCCUCGGGCCAGAGCACGUGUAUUAUCAUAAUCAGUAUGUAGUUAUCUACCAAAGUCUGUUCGUACCUGAUAUACAUAAAAAAAGUACGACUGAAGAGGAUACAAACUGA